AUGCCAAAUUACGAACCAAAUCAAGUAGUUGAUGUUCAAGAGGAAUUUGGAGUUAUUGAAACUGGUCCCAAUAAAUUCAGAUCAAAACGUCCCUUAACCAAACCAGUGCCUCAAGCUAGAGGUGCUUAUGGUGGGAAUGUGGCUGCUCAAGCUGUUAUAGUUGCCCUUAGGACUUCACCUCCUGAUUUUAAACCUCAUUGUUUACAUUCAUAUUUUGUAAAACCAGUAUCAUCAAGUGAAUUGAUGGAUUGGGAAGUUGAUAUUAUUUCAAAGGGGAAGAAUUUCUGUAAUAGACUGGUUAAAGGAUUCCAAAAUGGUGAAAUAAAAUAUAUUGCUAAUAUUUCCUUAACUAGAAAAAAUUCAAAUAAAAUAGCUCAAGCAAAAUAUGAUGAUUUUGUAAAAAGACAAGAAGAAAAAGGGGAUGAUGAAGAUGAAGAUGAAGAUGGAGAAAUCAUUCAAAAACCAUUUGGAUUCCAAACUCCUUAUCAUCCUUGGUUUAAUAAUCGAAACCUUGAUGAAAUUGAAGUUGAUCCAAGAGGUUAUGAAGUUUUAGUUUAUCAUAAAAUUAUUCCUGAAUUAUUAGAUCUUAAAUUAACUCCUGAAGAAGAAAAAGUUCCCGUAGCGCAAAGAAGAUUAGCAUUUUAUGCUAAAUGGGGAAUUGAAAAUGAACAAGGUUAUAAUCAACCUUUAACCAAUGUGAAUCAAGAUUAUCAAUAUGCUGGGUUAGCAGUAUUAUCUGAUACCUUGUUUUUAACUAGAUUAGCUAGAGUCAUGAGACUUGAAGAUGUUGAUUUAGAAAAUAUGGUUCAUUAUUUCUCUGUUUCUUUAGAUCAUGUCGUUUAUUUCCAUGAUGAUGAUUUCGAUGUUACUAAAUGGAUGGGUGUUACGUUCAAAGCAGCUCGUUUCGCCAAUAAAAGAGUAGUAAUGGAAGGAGAAUUAUAUAAUGAUAAAGGGGUUCAUGUUGCCACUUUUGUUCAAGAAGGUUUAGUUCAUCUUAAUGGUUUAGAAGCUGGAGCAAAGUUAUAA